AUGAUCGACAAUACACUUAAACUCUUGGUGGGCCACGCUCAAGAAGCACCGAUAGCAUUCGCGGCAUACUUCGCAGCAGCUUGCGCCCUUCUGUAUCUGCUUAUCACAGAAAUCCAAAGACAUCAAGCCCGCAUUCCAGGAUUCGGUGGUCCUUCGGGGUUACCCAUCAUCGGCAAUAUCCAUCAAAUCCGCCUCAACGCAGCAGAGCAAUACCGGUUAUGGUCCCAAAAGUAUGGCAACGUCUACCAAAUCAUGUUGGGCAACAUCCCGGUCAUAGUGGUGAACGGAAGCAAAGCUGCCCGCGAGAUAUUUGGGGCGAACUCGCAAGCACUCGCCUCCAGACCAGAGUUCUACACUUUUCACAAGGUGGUGAGCUCUACGAGCGGAACAACAAUAGGAACGUCCCCUUUCUCGGAGUCUCUGAAACGGAGAAGAAAAGGUGCCGCAUCUGCGCUGAACAAACCAAGUGUAGCAACCUACAUCCCACACAUCGAUGUCGAGACACGGGACUUCUUGAAUGAAUUCAUCACUUAUGGAGACGGUGGACUGACUCCUGUAGACCCGAUGCCGAUGAUCCAGCGCCUGUCGCUAUCGUUGGCAUUGACUUUGAACUGGGGGACUCGCAUGGCAUCUCAGAACGAUGAACUCUUUGGUGAAAUCACCUAUGUUGAGGAAGAAGUGUCCAAAUUUCGCUCCACCACGGGCAACCUGCAGGACUACAUUCCGCUUCUACGACUGAACCCGUUCAGCUUUGGGAGUGCUCAUGCCCGGGAGAUGCGGCGCAGAAGAGACGUAUAUCUGAAGAAGCUGAACGACGACUUGGACGACAGGAUGGCCAAGGGGAUCCAUCAACCUUGCAUCCAAGCCAACGUCAUCCUCGACAAGGAAGCGAAGCUCAACACCGAAGAACUCAUCUCCAUCUCCCUUACCAUGCUUUCUGGCGGGCUGGACACACUCACCACCUUGGUCGCAUGGUCCAUGGCCCUUCUUGCGCAACGGCCCGAAAUCCAACAGAAGGCCCUCGAGGAGAUUCGCAAGGUCUACCCACAGGACCAGAUCCUCUGUGACGCGUACGACGACCAAUCCAUCCCCUACAUUGUGGCCCUCGUCAGAGAGCUCCUCCGAUACUACACGGUGCUUCGGCUCAGCCUGCCGCGCGCCACCGUCAAGGACGUCGUCUACAACGGACACACGAUCCCCGCGGGAAGCGUCGUCUUCCUCAACGCCUGGGCCUGCAACAUGGACCCGGAAGUGUGGUCGGACCCGUUCGCCUUCCGCCCGGAGCGCUGGCUCGAGCAGCCCGACGCCCCGCUGUUCACGUACGGCCUCGGCUACAGGAUGUGCGCGGGCAGUCUCCUGGCCAACCGCGAAAUGUACACCAUCUACCUGCGGCUGCUCAGCGCGUUUGAGAUCAAGGACGUCCGCCCGACCGAGGGGACCGGCGUCGUGGACACACACCCAGUCAACGGCGUGCAGGAUCCCACACAGCUCGUCAGCGUCCCGCGCCGGUACACGGUCCGGAUGGUGCCCAGGGACGAACAGGUCUUGAGGAAGGCGCUGAAUGAAUAUGACGAAAAGCAUUCGUGA